AGACCGGCGCCGCCUCUGAAGAGGGCGCGGCCAGGAGCUGUGUGGUGGUGCGGCGAGCAAGAUGGCGCCGACUGCGCGGGGGCUGAAGAGUUUGGUGUGGCAGAAGCUGAAAUCUGCGGUAUUUGAUGACUGUAGGAAAGAGGAUGAAUGGAAGGUAAUUCUUUUAGAUGAUUACACUACUAAAUUACUGUCACUGUGCUGCAAAAUGACUGAUCUACUGGCAGAAGGUAUCACAGUAUUUCUUGUGUUGUAGUGGUGGAGAACGUGUAUAAAAACAGAGAGCCUGUUCCACACAUGAAAGCAAUAUAUUUCAUAACUCCAACCAAAAAGUCUGUAGAUGGUCUUAUUGAUGACUUCAUCAGCAAAUCAUCCAGCAGAUACAAAGCAGCAUACGUCUAUUUCACUGACACUUGUCCUGACAACCUCUUCAAUAAAAUUAAGUCUUCCUGUGCCAGAUCAAUAAGGAGAUGCAAGGAAAUCAGUAUUUCCUUCUUUCCAUAUGAAUCUCAGGUAUUUACACUCAAUGUCCCAGAUGCCUUCUACUGUUGUUACAGUCCAACUCUAGAAAAUUCCAAGGAUAAAGAUGCUGUGAUGGAAGCAAUGGCUGAACAAAUUGUUACCUUGUGUGCCACUCUAGAAGAGAAUCCAGGAGUGCGGUGUAAAAGCACACCAUCAGAUAAUGCCAGCAGACUUGCGCAGCUUGUUGAAAAAAAGCUUGAGAAUUACUACAAAACUGAUGAGCAAAGCCAAAUAAAGGCUAAAACCCACUCACAACUAAUAAUAAUCGAUCGAGGCUUUGACCCAGUAUCAACUGUCCUUCAUGAACUCACGUUCCAGGCAAUGGCGUAUGAUCUACUACCAAUUGAAAAUGAAACUUACAAAUACAAAGCAGAUGGGAAGGACAAGGAAGCAAUUCUGGAAGAAGAUGAUGAGCUUUGGGUGAAGAUUCGGCACAAGCAUAUUGCAGAUGUAAUAGAGGAAAUAUCUCAGCUGUUGAAAGAAGUUUCAUCCAAGAAGAAAGCAGCAGAAGGGAAAUUAACGUUGUCCGGUCUGGCCCACUUAAUGAAAAAGAUGCCACAGUAUCGUAAGGAGAUCACUAGGCAAGUUGUCCAUCUUAAUAUAGCAGAAGACUGCAUGAGCAAGUUCAAAGCUAACAUAGAAAGGCUUUGUAAAACUGAACAGGACUUGGCUCUUGGAACUGAUGCAGAAGGUCAAAAAGUGAAGGACACCAUGAGAGUCCUCCUUCCGGUUCUGCUUAACAAAAGUCAUGACAGCUAUGAUAAAAUUAGAGCUAUUCUCCUGUAUAUCUUCAGUACAAAUGGAACUACCGAGGAGAACUUGGACAAGCUGAUCCAGAAUGUGCAAAUAGAAAGUGAUAGUGAUAUGAUAAGAAACUGGGAAUACCUUCAUGUUCCUAUUACCAAUUCAUCAGCUGUUCAGCAACAAAAACAACCAAGGAGGGACCGCUCUUCAGAAGAAACUUUUCAACUCUCUAGGUGGACGCCUCUUAUAAAAGAUGUUAUGGAGGAUGCUAUAGAAAACAAACUGGAUUCCAAAGAAUGGCCUUAUUGUUCCCAGUGUCCUCCUACCUGGAAUGGCUCAGGAAUAGUAAGUGCUCGCCAGAAGCCUAAAGGGAGUUAUCAAGAUGAGCGAAGGAGUAAUGCAAGAUUGAUUAUAUUUGUGAUUGGAGGAAUUACGUACUCCGAGAUGCGCAGUGCUUAUGAAGUUUCUCAAACCUACAAGUCUUGUGAAGUGAUCGUUGGUUCUACGCAUAUUUUGACACCUAGAAGACUACUGGAUGAAGUCAAGAGCCUCAAUAAACCGAAGGAUACAGUCUGCAUUAAAGAUGAGUAGGAACAGUGAUGCUUAUGAUGCUUUAGGCGAAGACAAAUAGUGUAGAACAUGUACAUAUUCUCACACAGCUGACUUUUCUUGUUAGGGUACUAGGGCACAGUAUGUUUCUGACUAAUUGAAUGUCACUUUAAAUUAUGGAAUUGCUGCUUUUCUGGGGGAAGUAGAAGGCAGAAGGGGAAAAAAUAAUCAAGGUUUGCUUUUCCGAAGGGUGUGUUUGUUCCUAAUAAAUUAUAUGAAAGUUAUUCAGAUAAUAUAUAAACUCUAUUUGUUUUUGAAAACUGUGAAAUUUUUUUCUAAUAGUUUGUUUCUAAAAAUGAUUGAAUUAAAAAGGGUGUAGACACUCAAAGGCUUCAGAAGGAAGUUUGUAAAUAGAAGUGAUAAAACAUGCCACGCAAGUGCGGUGUCUCCGACUUCUUCUCUGUAAAGUAACUCAUUGGAAACAUUAAUUGUAUGUCAUUGGUAAAAUGCAUCUUUUUUCAGAUGGUAGUGGGUAAGGUAGAAAUACAAUCAUGGACAUAUCAACUGGUUCUAAAUUCAAUAAAGAGCUUUGGAGUAAUGCUGUCAAUUGUGGACCAGAGUAUACUGUGUAUUUAGGUAUGUACAGGAAUUAUUAUGAAAGCUUUUCAAAAAUAACUUACAAACUUCGUGUUUAUGUCUACAUACUCCAUCUAUUUAAGAAAUCAUAUUCCCUAUGACAGUGUUCUACUGGCUCACAAACAAUGUUAAAUAAUAAAUGAGGCUUACAUUUCUGGGGGAGAGAGGGAAGAGAUGAGAGAGAGAGGAAAAGAAGGGGAAGGCAGAUGGUUAGUCUUUGGCAGGACAUAAUGCUUUAAUAAAGAAAGGAGCAAAUGAUCAUCAAAACCUGAUUUAUUCAGAGAAUUUACUGUCUCUUCUUUGUGUAUAUAUCAGUUUGUGUUGAAGUGGAUCAGAUGAAUUGUAUUCUGUAAUACUGCUAAUGUUUAUUUGUAUUAAAAAUUUGAGUGCAAAUGUAAUAACCUUUUAAGGGGAUAAUACUGUAUUGAGAUGCACUGAUAAACUAAUUUGUUAAAUGAGAAAUGUCAUAAUGUAACCUAAUGUAUAUUUACAUCUGAGUAAUCUAUUUUCUCCAGGCUGUAAGGGUAUUCACUUCUGGUUUUGCAGGAAGAUGUGUUUUGUUGUCUGCAGGCUAACUAAUGGGUUAAGAGAAUGUCUUUGCAAGUGAAGUUCAUUCAAAGUUAAUUAAAAGGUGCAGAUUUUUUUCUUUCCCCUCCUUUAAAGCAGUUACAUAAAUCAUAAAAACAUUUAAUUUGAAAAGCAAUAAAUGCAGAAGAAAAUAAUAUCACAAUGUCCUACUUAAGGACCAGAAUGACAAGUUGUAGAAAACUCACUGUAUUGACACUGAUUUAUUGCA